CUGCGCUCGAGCGGGGAGGGAGGGAGAAUCUUUCGUCCGUCCGUCUGUCCGCGCGCUCGCUCGCUCUUGGUGCUGGCGCUUCUCUCCUCAGACUCCGCCAAACAAACAAACACAAACACACACACACACAGCAUGUCCGGCAGAUCGGUGCGAGCCGAGACCAGGAGCAGGGCGAAGGAUGACAUCAAACGGGUCAUGGCAGCUAUCGAAAAAGUACGGAAAUGGGAGAAGAAAUGGGUGACUGUUGGUGACACAUCGCUAAGGAUCUACAAAUGGGUGCCUGUAACAGAACCUAAAGUUGAUGAUAAAAACAAAAACAAAAAGAAGGGGAAAGAUGACAAAUGUGGUUGUGAAGUGAUAACUCCAGAAAACAGCUCCUCCCCAGGCAUGAUGGAUAUUCAAGAUGAGAACAGUAAUCAGAGUUCCAUAGCAGAUGCCUCUCCAAUGAAGCAGGAAAAUAGCAGUAACCCAAGUCCUGCACCAGAGCAGAAUUUAGUGACUCAAGCAGAGGGAUCUGACACCCGGAUCGAAGAAAUACACCCCCCCGUCAAAGAACAACCCAGCUCUGAUGACACAUCACCACCACCAGAGGCAAGUUCCCAAACUCCUGCAGAAUCGUCCCUGACUGAUGCAGAGAAAUCAGAUGUGCAGCCAUCAGGAGUGAAAGAGAACAGAGAGACAACCAAAGAUACUCAGGAAUCUGAAGAUGGAGAGCCACUUCCAAAAAAGCUCAGAACAGAGACCCCUCAGCAGAGUGCUGAGGAGAGUUAGACUGUUCAUUAAACUGUGGGGUUCCCUUCCACAUAAAGGUACAUCAAUGGCCUCAUUUCAGACCAACCUUCUAGAAACUUUCACAUAUUACUGAACAUGGAGGAACCACUGACCACCAAGGAAUGUUGAGUCGUAAUCCAAGAAAAAAAUUUGGGAAGACUGAACAGAUAUGAAGCUGACUAAUUUCUCCUGUGAUAUAACAUUCUAGUGAUUUAUAUAUUUAAAUUACUUUUGCUGUUAAAGUUGGGUGGGGUGGGUGGAAGAAAUGGACUCAGGAGGGUUGACGCACUGGUAGUUUAUAAAACUUGUCAAGAUCACAUGUUUUUUGCUGCUGUAUUUUCAUUCUUUUAUUUAUGUUAUGAAAUAUUUAAUGAUGGUACAGGUCAGAAUUAGUAUACGUAUGAAAUCCAUUAUUCAUGCCAUUUAAUUCCAUUUUGUGCCUCUUAAAAUGACCACUAUCUUGUAGAAAAUGCCCUGUUUGCAUAAUGCCUUGAAAGUAGUAAGGUUCUCUAUGUGAUCAUGUUAAUCAGUAUAAUACAGUCUGAAUUAAUUGGUCCAUCUCGCAUUUAGCUUUGUAACUUAGAAAUGUGGAGCGGGUAUCUAUAAAAUAUAACGAUUUCCUUGAAUACAUCCCAUAUACAGGUUGUAAUAUUCAUUUACCAAGGUGUGAACAGAUUUUUCUAUGUAAGAGGUUUGUCAGGGUAUUAUUUUUACAUUAUCUAUAGUGGAUGUGUAAUUGAAUUGAACCAAUCAAUAAUCAAAUAGUGAGAUUUAGAGUGUCUACAAUAGUUGCUUUGGCUCAUUUAUCUUGGACAAGUCUGACAAUGAUUUGAAUAGCCAGUUCAAUCUGUGCUGGCAACCAGUAUGGAAGUUGUGUUUAUUUGUUUUUGAUACUCGUGUGGCAGAUUUUGGUGAUAGUGGUACAGACCUAACACAAAUGUUGGGUAUGGUGUUUGUCAAUUUUGUGUGCGGUGGGGAGAUCAGUAAAAUGGAAGAAAAUAUAAAUGCUGAACCUUGAACCUUUUUCUUCCAAAAAAAAAAAUUAUUCUAGUUUGUAAUUUCUGAUUUGUUAGCUAAUGAUAGCUAACCUUCCAAUUUGGGUACUGUAACUUCAUUUAAUAUUGAUCCAUUUCAAAUUGAUGUGAAACUCACAAACUUUGGCAAUACUGCAUGUUCUAAAUUUUAAAACAUUUACAAUCUUGACAAGUGUGGCAUUUUCUUAAAUUAUAUUUUCUGCAGUGUCAUACAUGUGUCCAGGGAUUACCCCCUUGAAACAUCAAUGUAAGGUUGUGAAGGCCAUGGCACUAAAAUGUGGACUCGGAUGUGAACUAUGGAACUCGCUUCUUAAAUUGCCUUUUUAUUUAACAUUGCUCCAUUAUAAACGAUUGCCACCAGAUGCACUCAAUUCCAGUUCUAAGAUAUUGGUAGAUAUCUAUACCUCAUGCAUUCCUCUUUAAAUGAUAACCUGUAUAAACAUUUAUAGUUACCUAUCCCAGUAAGAUGUCUGUGAGCUUUGAGGUAAAUAACUGCUGAACACAGUUAAGGCAUUACUGCUUUAUUUAUUUGAGGCUCUUAAUCACUAUUAUGAGACCCAUGGUUACAAACACUAAUAAAUGGAACUUAACAUUAAAUUCAAAAUCCUGGCUGUAAGGAAUUAUAAUUAGAUUAAUUUCCUGUACCGUAUUACAAUUCCAUUAUGCACAUAUUAUGAGUGCUUCUAUUUAACGGGUACGAAUCAUAUAAAUCUGGCCAUGGCCUAAGAUCAUCACACUUUCAUGUAUUGGCAUGUCCAAAUUUCUCAUCUUAAACUGGAGCCAAUAUGUAAUCACCAUAUACAAGAAUUUAAGCUCCAAGUAUUCACUAUUGCCUCGUGUAAAUGUUGAAUUUCAAUAACUGGGGCCAUUUUAAUUCUCAAAUGCUUUCAGAUUCUAUAACUUACUGCCAUCAGUUUACCCAGCAUAAAUUUGAUAUUGAACAUCCAGUGUUUCAUUAUAUUUAAAUAUGCUUUAACUGCUGCAGUUUCUCAUGUGACUGAUAUCUAAUUUGUUUUACUUAAAUGGGCUUCAAGUUCAGUGUAUUAAUGGGGGACAUUGGUUGUAAAGCACAUAUUACAGACUUUGGAGUACAUAAUACGUGCAUACUGGUACUGAAGGUUUUGAACAGCCCAAAGGAACUGUUGAAGACUCUUGAAAAGGCCCAAUAAAUCUUUUGACUUGUACUAAAACAGAAUGCUGCCCUUUGCCCACUUCUGUUAGUUCAGUUGAAGAACCAUUUUGUCCAUAGAUUCUUAACAUGUUGGUAUAGGAAGUGGUAUUUUUUUCUGCAAAGAACAAGAUGUCUAACUCAUAAGCAACAUUUAAAAGCUUGGGUGGUGAAGACUGAAAUGCCUCCAUUUAGUUUUUGACUUAAUUCAAUUAUUUUCCCCUCUCUUAACAAAUGCAUCUGUUUUCAGUUGAUUAAGUAUUUGACUUCCAUUAUACUUUGUGGAAAAUGGUUUCAAAUUUGUUGCUUGGCUGUCUUAGUGUUGCAAGAAAUGUAAACAAGGAGUCAGCAUUGUGUUUUAUACUAUUUGUCAUGGUAUAGCAACAUUUUAUUAUUUACUAGUUUGGAGUGAGUCAGUAACUAGUAUUUCUGGUUACAAUCUGAAAAUCCAAAAUAAUGCUGGCAAAAGUGCAUCUAGCGAUUUUUGAACAUCCAACCAAUUUUAUAUAUCUUUUACAAAGUCCCAAUUGGUUUACAAUUCAAUUUUCAUGACCUGUGGGAACUUUUCUAGAAAUUAAAGAAUUUGUUGUAAUGGAGACUUGUUGAAUUAUCAAUGUCAAAUUACCUUCUAAAUCAUAUGAAAUUUCUUUUUUGCGGAAAUGCUAAGCUAAGUAAAAAGGGAUAAUUUUGCAGUUAGUACAACUGGACCACAAACAAAUUACAAAUGACGUGCAGUUCCUUAAAAUUAAUUGCUGAUAAAUAUGUGGUUCUCAAUGGUGUAUACUAUCUGAAAAAUCCUAUAUGGUUAUUGACAAAAAUACACGAGUCAUUAGUUUGUUCCCAGUUCAGCAUGUUUUCCUGCUGUUUUAGUUAUCAGUUCCAUAAGAGAAGGCCUUUUGUUAUUAAAAUUCAUGCAAGACUCUUACAAGUAAUUCUAGAUGGGCAUAAGACUAACAUUGUUUACUUGUAACUAGUCCACAGAAGUGUGGUUUAGUUCCGGUUAUUUUUGGAACCUUAUUGUAAUUUACUGGGGACUGACAAAAUUCUAGCUAGGUUCAACAGUAUUAUUAUUGUUUUGUUCUAGUUACAUAAACCAAAAUGUUUUAAUGGUAGAUUUACUAAAUAUCUGGGUAUAACAUCCAAAAUGGAAAAGCUGAUUGACUUUUGUGUAGAUAUUUGUCAGUUUCAAGACUGCUGCAAUGAAAGUUAGUUGUAUACCUCGUGUCAUGAAGGGGCUUAACAGUAUGAUUUUUUAAAAAACAAUUAGCAACACUAAUGAACUUUGUAGAUGUGGUAUGAGUGUUUUAUAAAGUCAGUUGUAGUCUUGCCUUUCCAUGAUCAAAUUUGGGUUUUGCUAAUAGAACUUCUGUACAAUGUAAUUUUGGUACUGUCUAUUUUUCCAUUUGAAACUUGUAAAGUUGUAUGUUCAAGAAAGCCUCUGGCAGAAGGUAUAGAAAUGAUUUCAAUUCUAUUGUGGAGGCUGCAUCACCACUAAAGCAAGAAAAUCUUGUAAUUUUAAAAGCUGGGGUGAUGCCAUUUUUCUUUUUGUACUACAAAGUAAAUAUUGGAGCUUCUGUUACACCUUCUUAAAAAUUUCUUCCAUCUAAGGAAGGCUUUGAAAUAUAUUCCAUCCUAGAUCUGUAAAUUCUAAACUGAGUAUCUUGUUAGACUGGAACAUUGCGUUGACCAGAAUCAGUUUAACUUCAUGAACUAGAUAAACAUUGACAUUUAAAUCGUGUCCUUGCAAUUUUUAAGAAAUUGAAGCACCACAUUCCAAUUUUUUUUUGUAGAAGUGCUGGUGCUUAUUUAUUAAUAAAUUGACACAGCAGUUCGUACUGCUGCACUAUUAACUACAGAAAACUAUGUGAAUCUUGUCCGGGUAUCAACAUGAAUAAAUAUAUCUAAUUGUCCAUAUUUUAAUCUAUAAUUUCUAGAGAUCAUGGCUAUCAUGAAAAACUUAACACUUUGAAUGCAAUGUGUUGUACAGCAGUGUUUUCUUUCUUAUUUAUUCCUUAAGUAUGGUUUGUACCAUGUACAAUGACUGUUUUCAUGAAUAAAAAAAGUUGUAUAACA